AUGGAAAAAAUUAAUGAAUAAUUGCCAGAUAUUUCUAGCAUAACAGGAAUUAUGUUUUACUCAUUUAUUUCAUAUUGGAUGAUAUUUGCAUUGAGCAUAAUCGUAGAUAGGUUCAUGUUUUCAAGUAAAAGCAAUGAGAAUAGCAAAAUGAAGAAAAUAAUAAAGGCAAGAGAUGUAAAGAAAUAAUAAGCAGAUAAACUAUUAAAAAAAAUUGACAAUGUGACAAAAUGA